AUGCGGUCUUCUUCCCCAAACCACGAAGACGCAGCCUCUCAUGGCACGAUCUGCUACCUUCCACCAAGCACCGCACCAAAGAUGAGGAUUAUAGACUCCGGCAAUGGUGGAUUUCUUCAACCGAGCCUCUUUUUAAAGGCUUUUGAAAAAUUGAAAGGGUCACGGACUCACAGAGGAAUCUCUGAUUUCUCUGAAAAAUCAAGAUUUGUUGUGGGGCUUUUUGCAGAGAAUCUAUUGAAUUUUUUCCCCGAGUUGACCGAGUUAACUCGGAAUAUCGGUCGACUCAUCCGAGUCCAACCGAUUCAGGCCGAGUCUAGGUAUCUGGUAUCGGACUCGUCGCGGUCCACUUCGAGGCGGAUACGACUCGGCCGAGUGGUACCAGACUCGGCCGAUUUUUUGAACGCUGAAGAUAGAAGGGAGCAAGAGGGAGAAGGUCACAGACAGAGAACCUCCAAACGCUACAGAGAGAUCAUGUCAACCCUUCCAAAAGAACUGGGCUGGACUUCUGAUCACAUGUAUCAGUACCAAGGCUUUUGGUACACUUCCAUGAAUCUAGAAGGAGUCAUGUGGGCGCAACAGCACUUUAAGGCGACACAUCUUGAUGUUUUUUUGGCCUCCACUCCCAAAUCAGGCACAACAUGGCUUAAGGCUCUCAUGUUUGCGAUUAUGAAUCGAACCAGGUUUGAUUUUUCAACACACCCAUUGCUCACAUCCAACCCUCAUGAGCUUGUUACUUUGUUAGAAUUCUACUUCCACUGGAACAUCCCUUAUCCCAACCCUAAUACCCCACUUCCCAAGACACAACUCUUCCAAACUCAUAUCCCUUUCACCUCAUUACCUGAAUCUAUUGUCGACUCUCAAUGUCGAAUUCUCUAUCUCUGUCGAAACCCAAAAGAUGUGUUUGUUUCUAUGUAUUGCUUCAAAGAAAAUCUGACAGACAUAAAUCUGGCACCCCUUUCCAUUGAAGAGGCAAUUGAGCAAUUUUGCAAGGGAGUUUCUCUUUUUGGACCCUUCUGGGAUCAUGUAUUAGGGUAUUGGAAAGUAAGUUUAGAAUGGCCUGAGAGAGUACUGUUCUUGAAAUAUGAAGAUCUGAAGCGGGAUUCCUUAUUUCAUGUUAAGAGGUUGGCGGAGUUCUUAGGCUGCCCCUUCUCUUUAGAGGAAGAGAAAGAAGGCAUUGUGCAUGAAAUUAUAAAGCUUUGUAGCUUCGAAAAUCUAAGCAAUUUGAAAGUGAACAAGACUGGUGUGUUACAAGCACGAGACUUUAUCAUUGAGAAGAAAAAGUUUUUCCAAAAAGGCGAGGUUGGAGACUGGAAGAAUCAUCUGACCACUGAGAUGGGCGACUGCCUAAACAGGAUCAUGGACCAAAAAUUGGACGGUUCGGGUUUGACAUUCCAUGAUUCCUUGGAGACAUGA